AUGGAUCAGAUCAGAUGGAUUAUAAUGUCUUCAUUUCUGAUGCUGCUGGUUCAGUUUACAGCAGUGGCUGGGAAGCAAUCCUACUCCACUGUCAGAGUUGGAGAUGAAGUCAUUUUGUCUUGUGGAAAUGUGACAUAUGAUCAACGUUACAGUACUGACUGGUUGUUCUGGGAUAGAAGAAACAGAGUAAAGCUGUUUGAACAACGGCAGACUCACAAAGGAGCCAAAGCUAAAUCAGACAGACUGAGUGUUACAGAGAACUGUUCUCUGGUUAUAAAGAAGGUAACACUUGAGGAUGCUGGUAGUUACACCUGCAGAAAGUUCAGAUCAGGAGUAGAUGGUGAAGACACUGAGGUUGAUCUGUUUGUUGUUAGCAUGACUGAAGAGAAGAACGAUGAUAUGGUCACCUUGAGCUGCUCUGGGUUGAUAUAUUGGUGUGAACACACAGUGAAGUGGCUGUAUGAGGGUGAUGAGAAUGACGUGAAGACAACAGAGUUUUCCUGUUCAGCCUAUGUGACAUUUACAUCUGACCUUAAUCAGAAGUCAAAUUAUUACGAGUCAUUGAAAUGUGAAGUGAAUCAUGUUAACACUGGAGAAGUGCAGCUGUUCAGCUUCAGCCCUCCUCAGUACUCAGGCUGGAAACCAGGAAAUAAUGGAACAUCAGAAGAGACAAACAACACAACAUCUGAAAACAACAACGAUGGAAGAAAACCAGAAGGUAGUGACUGA